CCGGGGAGGUGGCAGUGACAGCGGCAUCAGCGCAACGGGCCGGACCGGGGGGAGGAGGCUGCCUGCAGCUGAGGGCUGGGCCGGGAGGAGCUGGGGCUGGGGCCCGGGUCGGCAGGCAGCUGCUGCCUCGUCUCCCGGCCCAUGUAUUUUUAAUGAGCUCCCCAGGCUUCUGCAGCAGGCAGGACGCAGAAAGGCAGGCCCAGGCGGCGGAGGCCUGUGGCCCCAGCCCUGCCUUGAGCCCUGGCCCCCCCACCCUUCUGGGCAUGAGCGGGCGGCCCUGGGGCCCGGAAGCCCCCCGGCCGGGCAGGGCUCUCCAUGCAGCUCGUCCUGAAGAUGGAUUCAAGCCCAGACAAUGACAGCUGGUUGGAGGAUCAGUGGGAGCGCUGGCUCACCCAUGACAUCAGCCUGGAGGAGUUUGAGGAUGAAGACCUCUCAGAGAUCACCGAUGAGUGUGGCAUCAGCCUGCAGUGCAAAGACACCCUGUCCUUACGGCCCCCGCGUGCAGGGCUCCUGGCUGGGGGCGGCGGCUGCGCCGGGAGUCGGCUGCAGGCCGAGAUGCUGCAGAUGGACCUGAUCGACGCAGCGGGGGACACUCCCGGCGCUGAGGACGACGAGGAGGACGACGAGGAGGAGCGAGCGGCGCGGCGACCAGGAGCCGGACCGCCAGAGGCCGGGGCUCGCCAGGAGCCGGUGCUCCGCGGCCAGGGCCAGGGCGGCGGGGACACGUACCGGCCCAAGCGGCCCACCACGCUCAACCUCUUCCCGCAGGUGCCACGGUCUCAGGACACGCUGAACAAUAAUUCUCUGGGCAAGAAGCACAGUUGGCAGGACCGGGUGUCUCGAUCGUCCUCACCCCUGAAGACAGGGGAGCAGACGCCUCCACAUGAACACAUCUGCCUGAGUGAUGAGCUGCCGCCGCAGAGCAGCCCUGCCCCCACCACGGACCGAGGCACCUCCACGGAGAGCCCUUGCCGCCGCAGCGCUGCCACCCAGAUGGCUCCUCCCGGCGGCCCUCAGGCUGCCCCGCCUGGUGGCCGGGGCCACUCGCAUCGAGACCGCAUCCACUACCAGGCGGACGUGCGGCUGGAGGCCACCGAGGAGAUCUACCUGACGCCGGUGCAGAGGCCCCCAGACCCCGGGGAGCCCACCUCAGCCUUCUUGCCACCAGCCGAGAGCCGGAUGUCGGUCAGCUCCGAUCCAGACCCUGCCGCCUACCCCUCCUCGGCAGGCCGGCCGCACCCCUCCAUCAGUGAGGAGGACGAGGGCUUCGACUGCCUGUCCUCCCCGGAGCGGGCCGGGCCCCCCGGUGGAGGGUGGCGGGGCAGCCUCGGGGAGCCGCCGCCGCCUCCGCGGGCCUCGCUGAGCUCGGACACCAGCGCGCUGUCCUAUGACUCGGUCAAGUACACGCUGGUGGUGGACGAGCACGCACAGCUGGAGCUGGUGAGCCUGCGGCCAUGCUUCGGAGACUACAGUGACGAGAGCGACUCGGCCACCGUCUAUGACAACUGCGCCUCUGCCUCCUCGCCCUACGAGUCGGCCAUCGGGGAAGAAUACGAGGAGGCGCCCCGGCCGCGGCCCUCUGCCUGCCUCUCGGAGGACUCCACGCCCGACGAGCCUGACGUCCACUUCUCCAAGAAGUUCCUGAACGUCUUCAUGAGUGGCCGCUCUCGCUCCUCCAGUGCAGAGUCCUUCGGGCUCUUCUCCUGUGUCAUCAACGGGGAGGAGCAGGAGCAGACCCACCGGGCCAUAUUCAGGUUUGUGCCUCGGCAUGAAGACGAACUCGAGCUGGAAGUGGACGACCCCCUGCUGGUGGAGCUGCAGGCCGAGGACUACUGGUACGAGGCCUACAACAUGCGCACGGGGGCCCGCGGCGUCUUUCCUGCCUACUACGCCAUCGAGGUCACCAAGGAGCCUGAACACAUGGCAGCCCUGACCAAAAACAGCGACUGGGUGGACCAGUUUCGCGUGAAGUUCCUGGGCUCAGUCCAGGUCCCCUACCACAAAGGCAAUGAUGUCCUCUGUGCCGCUAUGCAAAAGAUCGCCACCACCCGCCGGCUCACCGUGCACUUUAACCCGCCUUCCAGCUGCGUCCUAGAGAUCAGCGUGAGGGGCGUGAAGAUAGGCGUCAAGGCCGAUGACUCCCAGGAGGCCCAGGGGAAUAAAUGUAGCCACUUUUUCCAGUUAAAAAACAUCUCUUUCUGCGGAUACCAUCCGAAGAACAACAAGUACUUUGGGUUCAUCACUAAGCACCCCGCCGACCACCGGUUUGCCUGCCACGUCUUUGUGUCCGAAGAAUCCACCAAAGCCUUGGCAGAAUCUGUGGGGAGAGCAUUCCAGCAGUUCUACAAGCAGUUUGUGGAGUACACCUGCCCUACGGAAGAUAUCUACCUGGAGUAGCAAUGCUGCCCUGCCCUCCGCACCCCCUGGGCCUUCAGGCCAGCACCAGCACAGCUGGCUGCCGACAGGACGUGGCACGGCCUGAGGAAGGGCACCCGCCGCCACCGGAGGACGGGGAAGUGGAGGCCGUUGGCCAGGGGUGGGAGGGUGGGGGUUGUGGGGAGAGGCAAAUGCAGUUUAUUGUAAUAUUAGAUUCAUCUACGGAGGACGGAGUGGGCUGCCCGGGAACUGUGGGCAGGGCAGGUCUGGCCACUGGUGGGAAAGGGGCCCGUCGCAGGAGCGUUGGGUUCUGUCCUAUUCUGGGACUCCCUUCCCCUGCCGGGGCCUCGGGCUCCCUGGCCACUGGUUUCUGCCGUGAGGAAGCCCCUGUCACCUGAGAGUGCCCACCCUGCCCUCAGCUCCCAGCCCCGAGCAAAGGCCCUGAGCUCAGGCCGAGCCCAGCCCCCUCCCGAGGACUUUCCAGUAAGGAAACGGCAGUAGGUGGCGGUGUGGUCCCUGUUCCCAGAGUGGCCUCUGGAUGGCUCCACCACCAACCUCACUGGCAUGCUGGCCCCUGGCAGGUGCGGGCCCCUCGAGGAAGGAGAGCGCGCACAGUGGGGCCCCACUCCGGCAGAAAAAGGGGGCAUCCCGACUGGCCCGGGCCAGGCCAGCCCAGCCCCUCGGCUGCUUCGGCUCUAGCCCCAUCUUGGUCCUGUCACCCUGGCCACAACUAUUAAAGUGCCAUUUCCUGUCUG